CUGACUGGAUCGCUUUUUCGCUUGUUACAUUCCUUUUGGCGAUAGACGCGCACGUUGAAGAAGUAAAAUUUAUUAUUACAAACUCCCUGUCCAGUGAAUGGAAGUUUAUGCAAAAAUAUAUCAUUGAAAUUUUUUAUUUUUCCAUACUACGUCAAAUCAUUUGAUUUGAGAAUGUGAAUAAAAAUGUGUGGCAUUUAGUCGUGAUCUUUGUGAGCAAGCAUCGGAGAUGAUUUCUCAGCUUCUGCUGCAGAAUUCUUCAUUCUUGUGAAAUCUCAACACACAGUGCAUCGCUUCCGGGACUCCGAGAAAAAAAAGAAAGGAACACACGAAGGAAAGAGAAGUGCAAUGUGUAAAUGUUAACCGCUCUGAGAGAAGAACAAGUGAAGUGGAAGUAAUAUUAAAAUGUGGAAAUUCACGGGAAUAUCAUUCAUUCUUAUUCACGUGCUCUUUGUGCAACACUGCGAAUGUCAACAUGGCCAAGUCAUCAUUGAUUCCGUCUUCUCCCUCAAGAACUUCCUCGAGGAAGGCGGCCAGCGACUCACAUUCGAGCAGAACAACUACUUUAUCAAUCAGGAGUAUGAUUUCAUUAUCGUGGGUGCCGGUUCGGCGGGAUGUGUGCUCGCGAAUCGCCUCACCGAGAACAAGGAGUGGAAAGUGUUGCUCCUCGAGGCCGGUCCGCGGGAGAAUCUCCUGAUGGAUGUGCCCAUGUUUGUGCACUAUCUGCAGCAGACAAAUGCCGAUUGGCACUACAAGACUGAGAGUUCCAAUGGCUCGUGCCUGGCCAUGAACAACAAUCAGUGCAAGUGGCCACGUGGAAAAGUCAUGGGAGGCUCCAGUGUGCUCAAUUACAUGAUCUACACUCGCGGUAAUCGCCGUGAUUACGACCGGUGGGCGGCAAUGGGGAAUCCCGGCUGGAGUUGGAAUGACGUUCAUCCGUACUUCCAGAAGCUGGAGAAGAGCUUCAUCAGGGACGCCGUGCCAGGAUAUUUGGGCACAGACGGUCCCAUGUCGAUCUCCUACCCAAAUUGGCACACCAAAAUUGCCAAAGCCUUCAUCAAGGCGGGCUUGGAAAACGGAGCAUCCUAUGUGGACUACAAUGGUCCGACUCAAGUGGGUUACUCAUAUUUCCAAACAACCACCGAGAAUGGCCUGCGGAAGAGUGCAAAUGUGGCCUAUAUUUACCCCAUUCGAGGCACCAGAAGCAACCUGCACAUCAAGAAGGAGAGCUUUGUCACGAAAAUCCUCAUAGAUCCGGCAACAAAGAGAGCUUAUGGUGUUCAAUUUGUCAGCGACAAGAAGUUGUAUCAAGUGUUUGCGCGAAAAGAGGUCAUCCUGUCGGCUGGCACAAUUAACACCCCGCAAUUGAUGAUGCUCUCGGGCAUUGGACCCGGAGAUCAUCUCCGUGAGCACGGAAUCACACCCUUGAUGGACUUGGCGGUGGGUUACAACCUGAUGGAUCACACAGCAGUUCCCAUUGCCCUCACAGUCAACAUUAGUUCGAUGUUUAUUGAAAAUAUCGCCACAGUGCCGAAUUUGCUGAAGUACGAGAGCACACGAAAAGGUCCCAUCUCGUCAAUUGGCGCCUGCGAAGCCGUGGCAUUUUAUGACUUUGACAAUCCAACAGAUCCUGAUGGAUGGCCGGACAUUGAACUGUUCCAAAUUGGCGGCACAUUGUACGGCGAUUCAAUCUACAGAGACAACUUCAACAUCCGCACAUCAAUCUAUGCCACAAUUUACCAUGACAUGGAGCGUCGCAUGCAGAACGGCUUUCAGAUUUGGCCCAUGAUUCUGCGCCCCAAGAGCCGCGGCAGGAUAACACUGCGCGACACCAACCCCUUCUCCCACCCCCGAAUCCAUGCCAACUACUUCUCCGACCCCAGAGACGUGCGGACAGUGCUUCGGGGGGUGAGGAAAGUGCAGGAGUUGGCGAAGAUGCCGUCGCUGGCACAAAUAGACGCCAAAUUGAUCGACUAUGACCACCCUGUGCCCACAUGCGCCCACCAUGGCGUCGAUUCGGACAACUACUGGGACUGUGUCAUCCGCCACUUGACACUCACCAUCUACCACUACUCGGGCACAUGCAAAAUGGGCCCCCCGUCCGACCCCACAGCCGUCGUGGAUCCCCGCUUGCGCGUGUACGGCAUCAGCAAUCUCCGAGUCAUCGACGCCAGCAUCAUACCGGAAAUUCCGGCAGGACACACCAACGGACCGACACUCAUGAUAGCCGAGCGUGCGGCUGACUUUAUUAAGGAAGACUGGAAUUAUGCACAGUGAAGAACGCGCGCAGCAGUAAAAAAAGCCACCUCUCCCGUGUGACCGUGUUCGUGCGCCGCACGAGGAGGGAAAAGUCAAGGAAAAAUGCCACACAAAAAGUGUAUAAAAAUGUAAGAUGAAGAAGUCAGGAGAAGAAAAAACGAACACCUCAUGUAUAUAGAUUUACACCACUAACUUAUUAGCUAUUGUACAAUAUUACUCUAUAAGGAAGAAGACGGAAAAUAUGUGAAUUAUUAUCUUAAGGCUAGUGUUUAAAGUUAUAAUUUUUACUCAGACUCAGAAAUGUGAUUGAUACGGUGUGAACGAAGAAGAAAAAACAGCCCAUAAGGUGAAUUGCUCAAUUUGUUCACACCUUAAAUAUAGUUGAUUAGUAAUUUUUGUAUUGUUUUUUUUAAUUAAUAUAAAAAGAUCAACGCUUAAAUGUGAAAAUUACGUGUAGAAUUUUCCGGUGAAUAAUUUGUAAUCAACAAAUGAGAUUUAUGGAAGAGCAAAUAAAGAAUGAUAAUUAGAU